UACUUUUGGCAAUAUAGUGUACCUUACCAUACCUUUUUGUUUUCUGGAGUUUUCUUCAAUUGCAGAUGCGUGACACUGCAGAGCCCACGGAGAUACUCCAGUCCAGGUUUUUACAAGGCUGCUCCUGUCAUGGCAGCUCAGACAUGAUGCGCUGAGGGGCGCACUUCAGCACAUGAAUCCAAGUCCACGUUCCACCCAGCUGCAUCUUCUAUAUAGGGAUUUUACCACCAAGCCUUGAUGGGAUGCAGCGUGUUGCUUCCACGGCAAGGAGCGCUGCCUCCAAUGCACUUGCAUGCAUGUUUAUCGUACAACAUGAAACGCUUUGAUCUUUUGACUUGCAACGAAUGACAACACAAAGGUCGCCGCUGUCAGACGCGGAGAGGAGCGCAUCUCUGCAGUUGGAAGACUCUAUAGUACUCCGGGGAGAAUGCCUGAAUCUACCCUGAAAGCUGGUCGAUAGCGGCAGAGAUAGCUACGGUACCGGCGGAAGAGGAGGCGGAAGCAGCACAUUCGGAGGCCCGGUAGCGGCUCCCCUCGGACCGAAGGCGAGCCCGCAGAGGAAGGAGGAGGACUGCAGCACCAUGGACAGCUCAGAUAUGGAUGCCAAUUAUGGCGGAGGACUGUUGGAUAUGGUGAAGGGCGGAGCUGGAAAGUUCUUCAGUAACUUCAAAGACAACCUCAAGGACACGCUAAAAGACACUUCCACCAAGGUCAUGCAUCAGGUUGCCACGUACACGAAAGGGGAGCUGGACAUUGCCUACAUCACGUCGCGAAUCAUAGUGAUGACUUACCCAGCAGAGUCUGUGCAGAUUGGCUACCAAAACCACGUGGAAGACAUCCGAUCGUUCCUUGACAGUCGCCAUGCUGACCACUACACUGUCUUCAACCUGUCACAGCGCAACUACCGUGGCGCCAAAUUUUCCAACAGGGUUUCAGAGUGUAAUUGGCCUUCUCGCCAGGCUCCCAGCCUGCACAACCUGUUCGCUGUGUGUAAGAACAUGCACAACUGGCUCAAACAGAACCCCAAGAAUGUGUGUGUCAUCACCUGCUCGGAUGGCCGCGCUCCUUCAGGUGUGUUAGUUUGUGCCAUGUUUUGCUUCUGCCACCUCUUCAGUCAUCCAGAUCCUGCCAUGCACCUCCUCAGCGCCAAGAGACCAGGCUCGGGCCUGUGGCCUUCACACCGCAGGUACAUCGGCUAUGUCUGCAGCAUGGUGUCAGACAAGCCCAGUCUCCCCCACACAAAACCCCUGACGAUCAAGGCUCUCACCAUCAGCCCGGUUCCUUGUUUCAACAAGCAACGCAGUGGCUGUCGGCCCUUCUGCGACGUCCUCAUUGGAGAGACCAAAAUCUUUACCACGGCACAGGAGUAUGAGAGAAUGAGAGAGCACAGAAUUCAAGAGGGGAAAGUGGUCUUUCCUCUUGGCGUCAGCGUUCAAGGAGAUGUGGUUGUUUCGGUCUAUCACAUGCGGUCCACAAUUGGAGGACGUCUGCAAGCCAAGGUGUCCAACACACAAAUUUUCCAGAUCCAGUUCCACACUGGCUUCAUUUCCCCCGGAACGCCCAUGUUAAAAUUUAACAAACCCGAGCUGGAUGCAUGCGACUCUCCAGAUAAGUACCCACAGCUGUUUCAUGUCAUACUGGACGUGGAGGUGGAACGGCAAGACAAGCAGAAAGACCUGACACCACCUUGGGAGCAGUUCCCAUCCAAAGACCUGAGUGCCAAUGUGCUCUUCUCCUGCCAUCAGGAGCAUCAGGACGCACUCGCCAUUGCCGAGCCGAGCAGGCCGCACGGAGGCCCUGAUGGCCGAGGCCAUGGCGAGGAGAGCGAGCCCUCUGAUGAUGAGAUGCUUUCGCUCUCCAGUCAGCGUAGCAGCACCAGCACAGCCCCCCACAAACCGGAGCCGCCUGCUUCAAUGCCCACAGCCCCCGACACUUCGUCUGCGGAAGUGGAUCUUCUAGGUCUGGAUGGGGAGGAGGUCAAGCAGCCGUGUCCUCCGUCCCAGCCUCUAUCCUCUGCAGGUGCAACCACCGACCUCCUGGGGGACUUGUUUGGGGGUCCAACCCAGCCCACAAGCGGCCCAACCCAGCCCACAAGCGGCCCUUCAUCUGCCCACUCCACCCCACAUAAAGUAGUGCCCUGCUCUGCCUCGCCUUGUCCUUCCCCUGCCCCACCAGUGUUUGACCCUUUUAAGACCGGUCCCAUACCGAAGCCUCAGGAGAUGAUGGGUUCAUUCCUCGGACCAGGUAACAUAGGGCAGCCAGACCCCUUCCUGCAUGCUGCUCGCUCUCCAUCCCCCACCCUUCAGCCCACAAGCUUUGGUCGGAGUUCCCCCGUUCAUACUGGCACCCCAGCUGUCAACAUUCAGCAGCAAAAUGUCAUGGGAGGUUGGGAAUGGAACAGAACCGUUACCACAAACACAGGAGGAGGUUUGGGAAUGGGCAGUCGAUCAGCCACUACAAGCCCAACAAGUUCAGUCCACAGCACACCCACCCAUCAAACCAAGCCAAAUACGCUGGACCCUUUUGCUGACAUAGGCAACCUCGGGGGAAGCCUUAAAGGAGGUUCUGGAUUCUCCAGCAAGCCCACAACACCAACAGGGACGACCCCUUCCUUUCCUCCCAUGGGUUCCCCUUCUCGGCCGCCUCCAUCUCCCCAGCAUGCGGCAGGGUGGCAGCCCCAAUCAGGAGCGGGUUUCCCAUCAUGGCAGCCUAACGCUGGUGCUGGAGGAUGGCAAGCGCAAGGACAAAGCCCCACUCCACAGCCGAAGCCCAGCCCCAGCCACACGCCCAUGUCUCACACUUCCCCGCAGAACCGACCCAACUACAACAUUAGCUUCUCUCCGAUGGGGGGUGGGUCACCCAGUGCAGGGGCUAAAGCACAGACAGGAAUUGGCCCUAAUAAGCCCAAGGCCUCUGAUGCCAACUUUGAUGACCUGCUGUCUGGUCAAGGCUUUGCAGGGGCCAAAGACAAGAAAGGACCUAGGACUAUAGCAGAAAUGAGAAAGGAGGAAAUGGCCAAAGAGAUGGACCCUGAGAAAAUAAAGAUUCUGGAUUGGAUUGAGGGGAAGGAGCGGAACAUCCGAGCCCUCCUUUCCACUAUGCAUACAGUGUUGUGGGAAGGAGAAACACGUUGGAAGCCUGUAGGCAUGGCUGACCUGGUCACUCCAGAUCAGGUCAAAAAGGUUUACCGCAAAGCCGUCCUCGUCGUGCACCCAGAUAAGGCAACAGGGCAGCCCUAUGAACAAUACGCCAAGAUGAUUUUCAUGGAACUAAAUGACGCCUGGUCUGAAUUUGAAAGUCAAGGACAAAAAGCUCUCUACUGAAGGAGAAGCCAGCGAUGAGAAGACCCCGACAUGUCACCACUCUGGUCGACAUUCUUACAGCCAUGUUGAGACGGCAGCGUCCAGACCAACUGAGUAUAGCCUCCUACUGUAUGUUUUGGUGCAAUAUCAUCAUUCUUCCUCCUUGUGGCUCUGGACAAACUCACCCGUCAAAGCACACACAAUGGGACGUCUGGGGAAGAUUAGAAGUGAAGACAUCAAACUAGAAGAAGACACACAAGAUAAGAUAAGAGACAAACGCAUGAAUGAACUGAACAAGAAUAAGAGAUCAAGUUAGCUGCAUAGAGACUUAGUACCAUGUGUGGUACAUUCUCCUUAUUCAGUUAUUAUUGACUCCCAAGCCAGCGUUUCCCAUCUUUAAAUCGACUAUGAGUUGACAAAAAGAGAAAAUAGUACAAUAACAGCAGGUCAAUAAGUCCACAAUUUGACAUCAUUUUAACGUAUACACCUAAGCGUUGUGCUUUUACAUGUUGGCUUUAAAAGAUGAACAAAUCCUGAGAGCCAACGUCCUCUGCAGUUAAUAUUUGUGUUAUUUUGCAUAACAGGGCUAUUUUUUUUUUUCAAAACUCUUGACAAAAGAAAUAGACCAAAAACAAAUGUCUACUGCAGAGGAUGCUGGUUCUUAGGAGGACACACAGGAAGCACCUUGAGGCCUCAUUCUGUAUAAUAACUAACAUAAUAAAAUAGAUUUUCAAGGGUACCUAUGGAAAUGUUUUGGUUAAGCACAAAUCUGAAUCAGUGCAGUCGGGAUGGAAAUUUUACAACUACUCCCGAUUUCGAUUUGAUUCAAAUUCUUGGCGUGAUAAUUUGAUUCAAAAUUGUCGAUUCAAACCAGUACUUGCAAUAUAUUAUUUGGUUUUAGGAUUAUAAUAAAACAUUUUAAAAAGAGGUUACAAAAGCUCAUAUUGGCUGCUUGACGUAUGACAAUGGGUAAGCACGCAGAUGGCCUAAAAAAACAUUUUCAGAAAUGUAUUAUUAAAAUAAUAAUUAAACAAUCGAUUGUUAGAAAUUAAAAAUCGUUUUAGAAUCAAAAUAAACACAAAUCUGGAUACUGAUGUAAAUCGAUUUUUUAAGCAUACAAACUGUGCAGCUCUUAAGAAAGGCCUUUAUUCAUUCAUAAAUUCAUUUUACCUGCUGCUUUGGCUCAUUUAUUUAUUGAAAAUAUUCCAGAUCUCUGAGACGACCCGAACUAACACGGCAUUUGUGUGUGUCGAAUAGUUCUCAAACUACCAAAUUAUACAGCAGCAAAGAUCAUCUUAAUAUAUGUUGUUCCCCCAAUGUGGUUAUAUUUAAUGCAAUACAAGUUUAUUUUUAAUGGUUUAUCAUUUUAAAAGUAAUUAUAUCAUACUUAUGUUUUUGUUUAAUGUAAGUCAAACGGUACUGUAAACAAUGUAAUGAAAUGUAUUUCCAUGUUUAUUACUUGAUGCCAUGAGUUUGUAAGACCAUUUUUAUCACAGCACUGACACUUUUAUUUUAGUUUUUUUAAGAAUAGUCACAGAGCAAUAGCGGCACCGCGUCAUAUCCAAUUAUUUCAGCAGCUGUAUAUUUUGCAGAUGCUGAUGUUAUUUUGGUAUGUGAACUAUGCUGAAUAAUAGCAAUCGCCCUUGGUUCAUUUGACUCCUGCUGUCAUUUGAAAGGAAAUCAACACUUUAACUAUUGCCGUGUCUAUUUAUCUGAAAGGGUUCACUUUUACAAAAUGUCUUUCAUUUGUUGGAAUUGAAAGUUUUCGAGACGCUACAAGACUGAAAAUGCUGGGUUCCGAAAUGGUUCGAAUACUAAUAAGUACAGUGGACGCUCAACAAGACCGCAGUUAAGACACUUGGAAAUAAUUCAAACUGUGAAAUAAUUGCAGACAGAGGAAGUGCACUGUGUGUGCUUCUGUGCUCUACUGAGGACCUACAGUAUGUACACGUGGAGAAAAAAGCCCUCAUAAGCUCCUUUACUGACUGAAAUAUCCAGCUACUGUCUUACAAGUAGGCUAAAAACAAUAAUAACCCCUGUGUUGUACUCAGUGGACGUGUGUAGAUUGUAUGGAAGUGAUUUGGACUAUUGUAUGUUUUGUGUUUUUGCCUGUCUGCUGUUAAAGUAUUACUAAACUGUAAAAUACCCUUUGUUUGCUUGAAUUGCAUUUUACUAUUCACAAUCCUUUGUUUUCUGCGCGGUAUAGCUCGGUUGGUAGAGUGGACGUGCCAGCAACUUGAGGGUUCCCGGUUCGAUUCCCCGCUUCUGCCAUCCUAGUCACUGCCAAUCAAUCAAUCAAUCAAUGUUUAUUUAUACAGCCCUAAAUCACAAGUGUCUCAAAGGGCUGCACAAGCCACAACGACAUCCUCGGUUCAGAGCCUACAUAAGGGCAAGGAAAAACUCACAGCCCAGUGGGAUGUCAAUAUGAAUGACUAUGAGAAACCUUGGAGAGGACCGCAGAUGAGGGUGACCUCCCCCCCUAUACGGGAGACCGGAUGCAAUGGACGUCGAGUGGGUCUAGCACAGAUCUGGGCAAAUUAAGGCCCGGGGGCCACAUGCGGCCCGUUAAGUAUUUCAAACUGGCCCGCCGGACAUUCCCAAAAAAUUUUUUUAGAUCUUUAAGAUGGAAACUGUAGCUGCCAUUAUGAUGUGCAGUCAUGUUUUCAAAUGACCGUAAGUCUUGAACUAUACAAAGUAUUUCAAUGGUUGGAAUCUGCGCUUUUGCAUGAUAUACUUGUUACUAUGGUAAUCUAAUUACCGUAGUUACUAUGGUAAUUAAUUAGUUACUAUGGUAAUCUAAGUCACAGCAGCUCAGACAAGGCACCAAGCAGUGGGCGUGGGGAGUGUGUCAGCCUGAAAUGUGGGUGUCGGGGACAGACGUGGAAGAAGAUUUUUAACAACAAAGUUUUAAAGCUUAGUGAUAUAUCAGAUCGUAUAUUGUAUUUUUACCCUUUGCGUUCAUAUUUUGCUUUUGUCGCAUUUUUGCCGCAUUUUUCUUGAUUGUAAAAUAUGUUGAUCGGGAGGGGGUGUGACGUUCAUAUUUUGUCAAUAUUCAGUGUUUUAUCGUUCAUAGAAAAAUUAAAAAUUCCAGUCCGUUUUAUAAGGCGGUCUGUCAAAACGUUGACAAAUGUUUCGUUAUUAUUUAUUUCCGCUGUUUCUCUUUACUCAAUUUUUAUAUUUACACUAAGUAGAACCUCAAUUGGUUCCAUGAUGGAGCACUUAUCUCAAAACAUGUGUAUCUCAAAUCCUAUUGAAAUUAAUAAAAAAAAAUUUAAUUAGUGCUUGCCCCCCCAAAACACCACACUUUUACCAUUUAACAUGCCUCAACUCACGGCAAGGAGGCUCAUAACUCAAACUUGCUGGCAACUUAAGCCGAGAGAAAGCAUGUAUCUCAAAACAACACCACUCUAUAUUUUUCCACAAACCCCAAAACCAGUGAAGUUGGCACGUUGUGUAAAUGGUAAAUAAAAACAAUGAUUUGCAAAUCCUUUUCAACCUAUAUUCAAUUGAAUAGACUGCAAAGACAAGAUACUUAACGUUCGAACUGGAAAACAAAUUGUCGAACAGUUUAAGAACAACAUUUCUCAAUUUCACCAUCUAAGGUCUGUAAUAUAAAGUUAAAGUUAAAGUACCAAUGAUUGUCACACACACACUAGGUGUGGUGAAAUUAUUCUCUGCAUUUGACCCAUCACCCUUGAUCACCCCCUGGGAGGUGAGGGGAGCAGUGAGCAGCAGCGGUGGCCGCGCCCGGGAAUCAUUUUUUGGUGAUUUAACCCCCAAUUCCAACCCUAUCAUCAAAAGGUUCAGAGAAUCUGGAGAAAUCACUGCACGUAACAUUGAAUGCCCGUGACCUUGGAUCCCUCAGGCGGUACUGCAUCAAAAACCGACAUCAGUGUGUAAAAGAUAUCGCCACAUGGGCUCAAGAACAGAAAACCACUGUCAGUAAUAGUUUGCUGCUACAUCUGUAAGUGCAAGUUAAAACUCUACUAUGCAAAGCAAAAGCCAUUUAUCAACAACACCCAGAAACACCGUCGGCUUCGCUGGGCCUGAGCUCAUCUAAGAUGGACUGAUGCAAAGCGAA